AUGAUAGGGAAAGCGGACCCUAGGUCAGUGUUCAUCACGCCCACCAUGGUCAAUUUCUUGGGGAGAAAAUACACUAUUCCAUUCAGUUUUCUACCACAUUUCACAGCGGGUCUCCUCUUUAUAUUCGGCAGAAGAUUCUGGAUGGUUUUAGCUGGUAGACUUCUCUGUGGGCUCGGUAACGCUGUUCUGUUCUACGCUGUGCCUAUUUAUUCCUCCGAGAUUGCUAGUAAAGAGAUCCGAGGGAGUUUAGGAACGAUACUACAAGUAUCGUGCAGUCUCGGCUUCUUGAUUAUGGUGUCUAUCGGCCCACAUUUGUCUUAUUUAUCGUGCAAUAUUAUGUUUACUAUAUUUGUGGUCGUCACAUUCAUCCCAAGCUUAUUUGUGCCUGAGACUCCUUAUUGCCUAUUUAUUAAAGGUAAAACAGAAGAAUCAACAAAACUUUUAUCUUCUCUUAGGGGUUCUAAAUCAUUAGCAGAUGAAGAAAUAUCUGCCUAUACAUCAACCACUGACGAAACGAUUAUAAAAUCAAAGAUCAUUAGCAAGACUUUUAUAAAGGCUAUGAUGAUAUUGAUUAUUUUGUCACUUUUAGGUAUGAUAUCUGGGCACAAUUGCGUAGCAUUUUACCUUCAGACUAUAUGUAUAUCAACAAACAGUUCUUUAAGUCCUGAAUUAGCAACUGCUGUUGUUGCAUUUCUGUCUUUCUUAGCUAGUUGUUCGUCAUCUUUUACGACGGAUAGAUGUGGAAGGAAGCCAAUUUUGUGUUGGACUGCUUUAGGGAUGUCUUUUGGCAUGAUUGGUUUAGGCACAUUUUUUUACCUAAAAGACAGCGACUAUGAAAUCACAGGAUUAAUCAAUUUUGUGCCUCUUGUAUCCAUGAUCUUGGUAGUCAUAUUUUACGGCGCAGAAACGAAGGGUAAAACCAUUUUUGAGAUACAAGAAGCCUUAGGUGCUAAAAGAAAUAAAUUUGAAACAAAAAUUUAG